CCUAUAAAUACUUCAGCUCGCGACACAGGCUUCAGCAUAACCGAACGGAAUCAGGCAAUAUGAAGUUUGUGGUCCUCGCUCUCCUGGCCGCCGUAGCCCGCGCUGCUCCUCAGUACGAGUAUGCUGCUCCUCAGCCCCAGUACUCCUCUAAGGAAGUGGUCGCCAUCUUGAGGGACGACCGUGUGAUGGAGGACGACGGCAGGUACAACUUCGACGUUGAGACUGCCAACGGAAUCGCCGUUUCUGAGGCCGGUUCUCUCGGGGCUGUUGGAGCCAUCAACAGCGCCGGAUAUUUCGCCUACACCGCCCCCGACGGCACCCCCAUCCGCCUCCAGUUCGUGGCUGACGAGAACGGCUUCCAGCCCCAGGGCGCCCACCUGCCCGUGGCCCCCGCGUUCCCUCACCCGAUCCCUCAGUUCGUCCUCGACCAGAUCGCCUUCGCCGCCGAGGAGGACGCGAGGAAGGCUCGUGAAGGAAAGGUCUCAGCUCCUUCAACUGGCUACGGAGUUCCCCUGUAAGAUGUCUCUGACAUUUAACUGUCUCGCACAUUUUCUGAGAUUUCCCUGUAUAUGGAAUAUGGGGUCAUAUUUCUUACUAAUUCAUUUCAUCACAGUUAGUAUUUAUUAUUACUGAUAAAUAAAGAGCACCUUGAA